CGGGCGCACGGCGCAAUGGGCGGCGCGGAGGCGGAGCCGUGGGGGCUUCCUGGGCCCGCUGUCUGCCGCCGGCGGGCAGGCGACUCCUGUCCCGACUGGAGGCGGCGGAGCCGGAGCCGAGGGGGCAGCGUGUCUGACGGACCGCGGCGGCGCCCGCAGCUCCUCACCGCAUCACCCCCACUACAGGCCCGAGGAGCUUUCCGGAGCUUCCCACACUUCUGGGGAGAAGACUUCUUAGCCAGCUUGAUGUUUAAAAUUCAGCUGGAGCCCUUAAAACUUCGAGCGUGGACGCUGAAUGGGUUUGUAAAGUUUCGAAACAAGGAGACCAGUGCCGGUCCAGUGGCUGUGAUGGGCAAGGAUUAUUACAAGAUUCUUGGGAUCCCAUCGGGAGCCAAUGAGGAUGAGAUCAAGAAAGCCUAUCGGAAGAUGGCCUUGAAGUACCACCCAGACAAGAACAAAGAACCCAACGCGGAGGAGAAGUUUAAGGAGAUUGCAGAGGCCUAUGAUGUGCUGAGUGACCCUAAGAAACGGGGCCUCUAUGACCAGUAUGGGGAGGAAGGCCUGAAGACUGGCGGUGGUUCGUCAGGUGGCUCCAGUGGCUCCUUUCACUACACCUUUCAUGGGGACCCUCAUGCCACCUUCGCCUCCUUCUUUGGUGGCUCCAACCCCUUCGAUAUCUUCUUUGCCAGCAGCCGCUCCACUCGACCCUUCAGUAGUUUUGACCCAGAUGACAUGGAUGUGGAUGAAGAUGAGGACCCAUUUGGUGCCUUUGGCCGCUUUGGUUUCAAUGGGCUAAGUAGGGGUCCAAGGCGAGCCCCAGAACCACUGUACCCUCGGCGCAAGGUGCAGGACCCACCUGUGGUGCAUGAGCUGCGGGUGUCCCUGGAGGAGAUCUACCACGGCUCCACCAAACGCAUGAAGAUCACAAGGCGGCGCCUCAAUCCUGAUGGGCGAACUGUGCGCACCGAGGACAAGAUCCUGCAUAUUGUCAUCAAGCGUGGCUGGAAGGAAGGCACCAAGAUCACUUUCCCCAAAGAGGGCGAUGCCACACCUGACAACAUCCCUGCUGACAUUGUCUUCGUGCUCAAAGACAAGCCCCACGCACACUUCCGCCGAGAUGGCACCAACGUGCUCUACAGUGCCCUGAUCAGCCUCAAGGAGGCGCUGUGUGGCUGCACCGUGAACAUUCCCACCAUUGAUGGUCGAGUGAUCCCUUUGCCCUGCAAUGAUGUCAUCAAGCCAGGCACCGUGAAGAGACUCCGAGGGGAGGGCCUUCCUUUCCCCAAAGUGCCCACCCAACGGGGAGACCUCAUUGUCGAGUUCAAAGUUCGCUUCCCAGACAGAUUAACGCCACAGACACGACAGAUCCUUAAGCAGCACCUACCCUGUUCCUAGGCUCUGCCCCAGCCAGCCCAGAGUCUACCACAGCAAUACCCCCCACAGUCACCCCACCCAGUGUGCACCCAGUUUGAUGUCCACUGGACACUGGCAACUUUUUCUAAAAUGCAAAAAAGCCACUAGUUUUCAGGAAAAUGUUCCUGUCCCUGACCCCUUUCAGAGCUGGGCUGCCUUGGGGGAGUGGGAGGGAGGUGGGGAGAGCUAGCCCAGGCCAGGGGUCAAUUUUCAUGUCACUAGCUUCGAAUCCAGUUCCCACUCCACUGACUGGAGAGUGAGCUGAGUGCUACUUGGAGCCAGAGAGCUUCCUUGUCCUUGCUUGUAAAUAGCAUGUCCUCCUUCCCCUCAGCUUGGCUAAUACCUCUCCUCUCCCUUCCCUUUGGCUUCCUCCUGUUGGGGGAGGAAGAGGAUAGAAAGGACACUGCUUUCCCACCCUAGCCUCACCCCUACAGCCACAGUGUCCAAGGUUAUCACACACAUGUUCAUGCACACAAAGCAUUCACCCAGAGCUGUCUGUGCCUCUCCAGGGUUGAGACAGGAACGAAUGGUCCAUAACCCAUGAACCAGGCCAUUGAGCACGAGACACUUUUCAUGUGGGGCAGGGAAGCGAGCGGGACCCUGAGCAGCCUCCUCGACAGCUCCCCUGCCAGACCUGCAGAGCUGGAAGUUCUGUCCUCCAUGCUGCUCUUAGGAAUGUGCGAGGGUGCAGGAGAGGGAAGGGGGCCUGCUGUAUUAAAGCUCAGAGGUGGGGGGCAGGGUCCAUCUCCUAGCCUUCAUCAGGAAGGGAAAAGGCUUUGGGGUCAGGUGGCAGCUAUUCCCCACCAAGAGAUUCAGGGUCACAGGUUUCUCCCCACACCUCUGAACUCAGGGCCUAGCCACCCCCAAACUUCAAAUCCCAUUUUUGUGAUAUGUGAAGCUACUUAUUUCUUACCCUUCAUGGAGGCUGUGUGGGGACUUUCCAGCCCUUUGAUGCCUGUGUGACCCCACCCCGCUCCCACAGUUAUAUAAAAGUCAAAUAGUGAAGGAGCUAGGGGAAGACUGCUUCAGCCAGGUUCUGGGGUGGGGUCUUGAGGUUUUCUCACUUUGACAAGCCCCUGAAUGUUUUUAUAGUAGUUUUUUUUGUAUUUUUUUGUAAUGACAGUAUUAUGGAAAAAAAUAAAGUAUUUUAAAAAUACA